CCGAGGUAGGACGUGUUUUGAGAGUACGCUUGCCGCUGCCAUUUUCCCGCGCGAAAGUUUCCGAUCAAGCUCAAAAUAUAGUGACUGAUAAUAUUUUAUGAAAGUUCGAUAACAAAAUUUAUAGUGUGUUGGUGUAACGUGCGGAUUUCGUUUUUAUGUGCAUCACCGAACGGAUUCUCCUGAUGUCAGAACUGAAGCCAAACUAAAGUGCCAAAGUAGAAGAAGAAAAUGUGAAGCUCCCAUGUCCACCCACACAUUAAAACGCACAUGAUUUCAAUAGCAAACUUCACGCACACGAGUACCCACACUUCCAUACAGUACAACACAAGCGCGUACAAGAAUGCUACCCAAAAUCCGAGGGAUGGCGCGGAUUUAUUCGACAGAUUCGAAUACCAGAAUGGGUCGUACAAUAACACGAACUCAACUUUCGAGAUGUCGAACAAUUUUACGGAGUACGCAGAGAUUCCGUAUUAUAUAAAGGCGACUUCGAUGACGUUUUGCAUAGUUAUAAUGUGUUUGGGCGUCAUCGGAAACGUGAUGGUGCCCAUAGUGAUAUUAAAGACUAAAGACAUGAGGAACUCGACGAACAUAUUCCUGGUUAACCUGAGCAUCGCUGAUCUGAUGGUGCUGCUGGUGUGCACCACGACUACUCUCGUGGAGGUGAACUCUAAGCCGGAAACUUGGGUGCUUGGGAAGGAAUUAUGUUUGGCAGUUCCAUUCGUCGAGCUGACGGUCGCGCACGCGUCCGUUCUGACCAUAUUAGCGAUAAGCUUCGAGCGCUAUUACGCGAUCUGCGAGCCGUUGCGAGCCGGCUAUGUCUGUACCAAGACCCGCGCUACGCUUAUUUGUGGCCUUGCGUGGUUCUUCGCCGCCUUGUUUACUAGUCCUAUACUGGCGAUAGUUGAGCUGCACACCGUUACAAGAUUAGAUGGAACCGUCCACCAGUGUCUCACCCAAGCAGUCACUAUUUGGCAAACUACGUUCUUCGUGAUGAUCAUCAUUUUCCUUUACCUUCUGCCUUUAAUUAUCCUCAUUGUCCUCUAUACUAUUAUUGCUAAGAAUUUGAUAACAGCUGCAUCUAAAGUAGUUUUAAAUAAGACUGUAGAUCCUUAUAACGCUAGAGCGAGAAAGCAAGUUAUUUUGAUGCUUGGUACUGUAGUUCUGUGCUUCUUCCUAUGUCUAAUGCCAUAUAGAGUACUCGUUCUUUGGAUUAUAAUCUCACCUUCGGAGCUAUCCGAAAACGUUAGUCCGGAAAAAUGGUACAACUUGCUUUACUUUUCUAGAGUUAUGCUGUACAUAAAUUCAGCUAUAAAUCCUAUAUUAUAUAAUUUGAUGUCUUCUAAAUUUCGCAUUGGUUUUUGUAAAGUAUGCAUUUGCUAUAAGAGGUCGUCGGAGAGAACGCAAAAUAGACGAGUGCACCGAACUGUAACAAAUGGAUCUACAACUAGCAGCAGCCUUUCACGAACAACUAACAGUUUAAAGAAGCUAUUCACACAUAGAAGCAGUUUGGAUAAAAGCGAUACCGAAUUCGAAAGCAGAGAUAACAAAGAUGAUGGAACGGCUAAGACGAAUCGCUUCCUCGACAGAAUGUUCACGAAUAAAAGGUUUAUAAGACAACAAUCAGCUCCAGUUUGCGCGAACCCGAAAACUAAAGUAAUAAACAGAAUGAGAAGCGAAGGGAGCAUGCUUGAAGGGACAAAUAUUUUGGGUGAUAAUAAUAAAGAGUCCAGAGGUGACUUGGCGAAGUUUAUCGCACAUUCCAAUAUUAGUGCUAAAGAUAGAUCAGAUAUUGAGCUAGAACAAUCUAAUCGCAACCACGGAUCGCUGAGGCGGAGUGUUUUAAUAAAUAGCGCUAAGGCGAAAAGCUUGGAGGGUGACCCUAAUAAAAAGUUUGUUUCUUACCAAAAGAUCAAAGUAGAUUGCGUUGUUGGCUUCCAAAAGUCUAAGAGUGUUCCAAUUUUGGGUGUCGCCACUUACACCCACGAGAGAUACCACGACGGCACCGAAGUACCCGUCUGCCUCACGCAAGCCGACACCUUCUGGUCUGCGCUGUUCUUCAUACUCAUCAUAGCGAUCUUCUUCAUCAUUCCCCUAGGAGUACUCCUCGUCCUCUACAGCGUCAUCGCCAAGAACCUUAUGGAGAACCCUGUAAUAAUAGCACAAAAUAGUAAAAACACGAAUAAUGCCGGCAAUGUUGUUAGAUACAGAAAGCAGGUUAUCUUAAUGCUAGGUACCGUAGUACUAUCGUUUUUCAUAUGCCUACUCCCGUUUAAAGCUUUGACCUUGUGGAUCAUCGUGUUCCCACCGGAGACAAUACUUUCGUUAGGUAUAGAUGGUUAUUAUAUAUUGCUGUAUUUUUGUAGAGUAAUGUUGUAUUUAAAUUCAGCCAUUAAUCCAAUAUUAUACAAUUUGAUGUCUUCAAAGUUUAGGGAAGGGUUUGUUAAGUUGUUAAGGAUAAAUAAGUUAAUGAGAUGCGGUAGAAAUUUAAGAGAAAAUAUGCAAAGAAGAGAUACUUUCAACACUACAACGUCAACGGGGUUUUCGAGCAGUCAAAACACAUCUGACUCCUUCUGGAGAAGAUACAGCAAUAGAGCUUCUUCACAGAAAUAUUUCUUCAACAGAGACAGCAAGAAAAUUAAAGAAGUAAAAGAAGUGUUCGACACCAAAGUGCAGCAGGUUAAAAUAGGUGAAAUUAUAAGUGUGGAAAACACGAGACGCAAUAGCAUGAAAAUGAUUGUAGCACUGAAUGAACUGAAUGAUGAUUUGGUUAAUGCAACCAACAAGGUUAGCAUGAAACGUAAAAAUAGUAUAAAAGUUGGAACUGUAAAUGGUAGCAAUGACGUUCAAGUUGAUGUACAUAAUAAUUGCACUGACGACGAAACGGUCAGUUUAACUGAGAACAAUAAACAGAUACAAAUAUUAAACUUAGAUGUUAAGACUAAUAAUGUAUAUUCUGUAACGUUAGACGUUAGCGAAAGGUGUGAUAAAAACAGGUUUGUAUGUGUGCCAGUGCAAGAGAGUAAAAAUAUAUUUGUAUACGACUUUAAAAGUAACGAAAGUUUUGUCUAAAUGUACUUAGUAUUUUGUAUGAUUUAGUGGCGCGUUUUUGGCCAUGUGCCAAUUAAAUCAAUGCAUUUAGUUAGAUAUAGAGGAAGUUAUCGAAAUAUACGUUGUAAGUUCCUAUAG